AAGUCAAUAAUAGCCAGAUUCCAUCGUCAAGCCAAUCGUGUCCCAAAAGCGGCUAGCAUUUGUUCAUCGGAGGAGGACGCUAAGCCGGAUAUGGCGCUAGGCCACAUCGACUGCCAGAUGCGGCGCGAUCCCAGAGCGACGCUACAGCUCCUCCUCGCGCACGCGCAGCCUGCUCUGCUCGGCCUUGGCUGCCCUCGCUCGCACUCGCGCUCGCCUCCGUCUGUGACUCAUCCGCCCCGCACGCCGCCCACCCGUCUUUUGUCCCCGAGAAUGCCCUCUGCCACUCCCCCGGCCGCCUAUCAUGUCGCCGACACCGCCUCUAUCCCUUUGAUCUCGCUGCGACCUGUGCCACACGCCGUUCCUUUGUCCUCGCGCCGGAUAUUCCGUGCUCUCCAAACGCACCGCGAUGUGGCCCACGGCCUCGAGGCAGGCCAAGCCGUCGCUCGGCCCCUUAUCCAGUCCCGAUCACCUUUCUCUCGACUCUAUGCGCCUAUCGAGCCACAAAGCCCUUGGCCGCCAUUGUGUCAUGCCACGCCCCGCGUACCGCGUCACCGCCGUCACCCAAUUGUCGCCGCAAGCGAGGGCCGCACGCUCGAUAUGGGCAUGGCCACAGCGGUCGACGCCCCCGGAGGAGGCUUGUGGCGCGGCGGGUUGCGCACCUGUUGCCCCGUCGUCUCGAAACGGGCACCGUCAUCCGCUUACGGGGCUGGAGGCCGACGCGCUGUGGCGGGCAUUCUCUGCGUGAGCUUCUUUGGCCCCAAUUCGCGCGUUCGAUGGAUCUCGAAGGUCGCGAGUGGCGAUCCCAUCGCGAUUGUCGACGGGCGUGUGCGGGACGGUUGGGCCAAGGACGACGCACGCUCGUCGCCCCGAUGUGAUGCCCUCGUCGGAUUUUCGACGACCUUCGCGUUGCUGUCCAGCGCCCGUCCUGGAGCCCUCCAGUCCCGCGCCUCGGACUAUGCUGCCGUCGCGCGACUGCGAAAGCGUUCGUGUCCUCGGACGUAGAGUGCCCGACAGAGUCUCAACGCCCGCGCACGGUGAUUCAUGAUCGUCUGGCGUUUGCGCUCCCUUUCUACAUCCGUAUACGCCGUGUCGCGCAAUACACUCUUUUUCUCACUCGCGGCUCCAUCCCGGAAGGCUGUCUGCGAACCUGCCUCGUCACCACCCCGACGGAGGCUCGAACCACCCUUCGCCGCGUCUCGCCCGCUCUGGCCCCCCCCCGCACGCAAGGGGGGCCAGGAUGCCCAUGUUCGGUCGGCGCGCAACGUAAGGUCACCGUGCAAAUCCCUGCCAGGUACGCAGCCGGGCAAGUUCGCUGACGACAUUCCGGUGGUAGUGCUGGCGAGAGGUUGGCCCGCGGCGGUCUGGGUACCUGGAGUCGGAAAGAAGAGAAGAACUCUCGCUGCGCGCUAGUGGAGAACGCAGAAGACGGCUGCAGGCAGAUCGGAGGCCUUCGCAGCUCGCGCGCGUGGCCCCUAUGCUGCUGGUCGUAGUACGUGCUAUGCUGCGUGCGUGUGACUGGUGCGGCCCUCGUUCUCGUCCUUCGCGCAUUCUCGCGCGGCGCCAGAGAGCGCCCGCACGUCGUCACACACGAUCGCGACUCGCACUGGGGGAGAUCGCAAGGCGCUCGCAAGGCUGCUUCCCUUCGAUCCAGUCGAGCCCAGCUGCAACCUUGGCGCACGAGACGCGGCCACGCUGGACGUCGGAGCGCACGUGAAGCUGUGUGGCCGCCUUCUCUUACGCGCAACGCGUACGCCCUCCUCCAACACACUCACACCCUCGGUGCGACGGUCCCGGAGUCCAUCGUCUUACUCUCUCCUCUAGCGCCCCCCGGGUCCACCCCUUCCGUAUUCCACUCAAACAUGCUACAGACACUCCCCAUUUCCGCCUCUCAAGCGCUGCAUUCUGCAAAUAAACCACCUUCGCCCUCACACACGCAUGCAUCCGUCCGCCUCCAUUCAUGCGCAAGCCUCCGCAGAUGCAGAGCCCCCACGCUGCGCGAUCAGAUCUCGCAUCCUCAGCCCCACAGACCCUUCC